AUGGCUAGGAAGCGCAAGACAGCAGCUGACGCUGACACCGACGUCCCGCGGGACCUCAAUGAGAUCCCGUACAUCGCCUGGAUCAACAAGCAGAUUGCGGCGAGGCGCAAGCCCGCCGGCCCGCUGCCUGAAGGAUUACCGUCUCCUGGAGCCACCUCGUACGAAGCGUCGUGUGACAUGCCCACGCGCGGGCGUCGGGACGCCGUCAGGGCUGCGUCCUCGCGCGUCGUCGACAACUACGCGCAUGACAACGACGACGAUGACGACAGCGACUACAAUGAGUACGCUGUCGGCACCGACGACGAGGCGGACUCAGGGGAGGAGCCGGACAAGGGAAUGUCCGACUCUGAAGACGACGGCGAGGGCGACAAGUCCGAGGAUGAUGCUGACGCACCGGAAGAAACUCAGCCCGCAGCUCCGACCACGCGUGCCAGCCGUGCUAAACCCGCAGCCCGUGUUGCCACCGCCUCUAAGGGUGGCAAACCUCUGCGCCGCGCUCCAAAGACCCGCAACCAGAUACCUGGCUCCCAGUAUUGGGCGCGCCUUGUGGCUCACCUGGAGAAGGAGAACCUGGGGUGGGUUCGUGGCGUCAACGCCAUCCAGAAACAGUGGCGCAACCUCGUCCAGGUCUACAAGCAGCCGAAGAAGGCGGAAAAGGCGUCGGGCAAGGGUACAGUGUGCAAGCCCCCGUGGUUCUCGUACAUGGAGCUGUUCCAGAACAUCAGGGCCGUCGCCAACCCGCAUGCAGUGGCAGCCGGCGGUGCAACGAACGUUAACGCGCCGUGCAGCUUCACGGUGCCUUCUACGUCGGCGCCACUACCCCCUCCUCCGCAGUGCACCUCGCCCUCCAAGCGCCCGCGCGUAGCGGAGACGGCCACGAAGCUCUUCUGUGAGACGAUCAAGGGCUGCUACGAUGACGCGAUGUGCAAGCUUGAAGGGCUUGUCCGCGCCUGGAUGUAG